GGUAUAUAGUGAUCUGUGGCAUAAGUCAAUAGAUGUGGCGAUGGUCCGAUAAUCUAAAAUGAAAUAUUAGUUUUUGUGAUUUUUAUCGUAUUUUAAAUCGUAUUUUAAUCACAGAUUAGUGGACUAUUCGUUAAGAGUCCAAUAAAAUCCUCUUAGUAAAGAAAAAGUGAGAUAAUAAGUGCAUUUAAGUAUGUGGCAUUGACUAAGAUAAGCUGUAAAUACAUCUAUUUUCUGCAUGAAUGUAUACCUAAAUCUUACUAAACUACGGUGAAAAGAAUUUUGGGAUAUUCCUAUGAUUAACAAUUAAUAAACAAUGUCAAAUCCUGGUGUGGAUGAUGUGGAUCUGAAUUUGUAUGCUUAUCUUUUCUCUUGGUUCAUUGUUGUUAUACUUUUCUGGGUAUCUGUGGCUGAGGAACAUUAUACUUUGAAGAUAUUUUUCUUUUGUGUUGUUAUAUUUAGUGGUUACCUAUUCACGUUGCCAAAAGAGAAAGUUCUAGGGCCAGUUGGCAAGAUAAUUCAGCAUUUACCUAGGUCUCCAACCGUGAUAAGUUUGUGUAUUGGUGGGUUCAUGGGUUUUAUAUAUUUGAUCUCUUAUUUGAUCACUUGUUUUACCAUGCCGCCCGAGGAUUCGCAGCAAGUUCGUAAAAAUAAUUAAGCUUUCAUAGUAACACUGGCCAACAUGAGUGGUGCCAUAUUAACUCAAGGGCUCAGAUCGCCGAUGCGGCGGCUGGCCGGCCUGCGCCAAGCCAAAUCCAUAUCCAAGUCCGUAGUGCACAAUGAAACCAUACUAGUGAAGAACAACAAUGAAUUUAUUAAUAAAGUAAUGAAUAACGACAAGCCGGUAAUCGUCAACUUCCAUGCGGAAUGGUGUGAGCCGUGCAAGAUCCUGACUCCCAAGCUCAAGGAGCUGAUCGAGCCGCUCCACAACCUCGACCUGGCCGUGGUGGACGUGGAGGACAACGCUGAACUUGUGCAUGCAUUUGAGGUAAAAGCAGUGCCAGCGGUGAUAGCGAUCAAGAACGGUCUAAUAGUCGAUAAAUUCAUUGGCCUCGUCGAUGCGGACAUGAUCAAUAACCUCAUCGACCGGAUGUCCGGCAAGAAGAAGGAGGACGCGUGAACAUAUCUAGCAAUUUCCCUUUAGACAUACUUAGUUGUUAUUUUUUUUAAUUUUUAAUACAGUCUUGGAGUGUAGUAAUAAAAGGAUGUGAUGUUUAGCAUAGCGGUAGUAUAUGGGGCUAGAAUUCGUUGAUAAUUAAAAAAAUAGAUUUUUCGAUAUAUUAUAUAAAAAUUCAUCAUCAUCAUCAUCA